GUUGCUCCUUUAUUGCACUAAAAUUUUUUAAUCCUAUAUUAUUAUUGACUAAACAAAAUAUUUUAAAUGAUUAUUACAUUAUUUUUAUUUACAUAAAGUUUAUUAUUAAUUAAAUAAUUAAUAAUUACUUGAUUAAUUAAUAAUUAUUAAUGGUUGAUUUAGUAUUGAAUCAGUUAAUUAAUUAAUUUAUUGAUUUAUAUUGUAGAAAAUUAAAAUUAUUACAAACAGAUUUUUAAUUUAAUUUUUGAGUCAAUUAUUUUAUUGAUUUUUAAGUUUUAAAAAAUUUCGCGGGUUUUUUUUUUUUUUAAGAUGGCGGACCAAUAUGGCGUUAGAAAAAAAAAAAAAUAAAAAAAAAACAACAACAAUUGUUAUGCCGGUAAAAUAAAUAAAUAAAUAAAUAAAUAGAUUUUGAGUAAUAUUAUUAUUUAUUUUAUUUUAUUGAUAUUAUGGUAAUUGCAAAGUGGAUAAAUUUUAAUAAAAAAAAUAAUAAUUUAGUCAAUAUAUAUUUACAAAUAUUAUUUUGAUUAAUUUCGGUGGUGAUGUUUACGCGUCAGUGUGAAGCCAAAUAAUUGCUUCCAUUAUUGACUGUAUGAUUAUAUUUUUUUGACAUAAUAAUAAUUGUUAAAUUCAAAUAUUGAUAAAGAUAAAUAAAGAUAAUAAAUUUUGCUAUAUUUAUUGACAUAAAACACAUUAAAAAAUCAUGAGUAUCUUUGUUGAUAAAUUGAAAGGUUUAAGUGUGUUAUUCAACAGCUGGAUUAUUCAGCGAGUAACAAUUUUUUUAUUUAUAACAUCUGCAACAAUAUUAUUUUAUUUAUUAAACAAUGUACAACGUAAUUAUUACAUUGACGAGGCAUUUCACAUACCUCAAACUCAAAAAUACUGUUCUGGAAAUUUUUUUGAGUGGGAUAAAAAAAUAACAACACUUCCUGGACUUUAUUUAUUAUCAGCUGGUUUAUUAGCUCCAUUGAAGCAAUGCAAUACAAUUUCUCUCAGAGGAAUAAAUCUCAUUUUGACAAUAUUAAAUCUCUAUGUAACUUAUAAAAUAGUAAAAGGAAAAUCAUGGAGUAAAAAUAUCAAACAAUCAUCAUCUUGGUUGCCUUUAGCUGUUGCUUUUAGUAUUGCUCUUUUACCACCAUUAUUUUUCUGGUUCUUUUUGUAUUACACUGAUGUUUUGUCGACAAAUCUUGUUCUUCUAAUGUUUCUAUUGCAUCAAAAUGAAUUUUACAAAAGUUCAGCAAUAAUUGGUGGAUUGUCUAUUCUCGUUAGACAAACAAAUAUUAUUUGGAUUUUUAUGAUUGCUGGUGAACGAGCAAUAAGUCUCAUUGAACUUCAAACACCAAGAAGCAUCGAAACACUUGUAUCACGUGGAAUGCACACUGGUCCACAACAUGCCAAACUUGUUUGGGCAAAUGUAAUGCAUCAUGUUAAACAAGGAAAAGUUGUUCGUUUUUUCAUUGAAAUGAUUAAAGAUUUGUCUUGUCAUGUUGCAGUGGCAAUUGCCUUUAUUUUAUUUGUUAUUUUUAACAAAGGAAUUGUUGUAGGUGAUAGAAAUGCACAUACACCAGUUAUUCAUUUGCCUCAAUUAUUUUAUUUCUCAGUAUUUUUUGGUAGUUUUGCGUGGCCCUAUGUUUUGCCAAAUUGGAAAAACUAUUUUACAAUAAUUAAAAAACACUGGAUAAUUGCAAGUAGUUUAUUUGCAUUGAUGACAAUUAUUGUUCAUAAUAAUACACUUGUACAUCCUUAUGUACUUGCUGAUAAUAGACAUUAUGUUUUUUAUAUUUGGAACAAAAUAAUGGGACGAUAUUUAUUAGUUAAAUAUCUUUUAAUUCCAAUUUAUGGAUUUUUCAUGUACAGUUUAUUUGUGUUAUUGAAAAAUUUAAAAUUUCUAACAAAAUUAUUUAUUAUCUUUUGUAUAUGUGUUGUACUUGUACCACAAUUACUACUUGAACCAAGAUAUUUUGUUAUUCCAUAUAUUAUUGUUCGUUUGAAUAUGCCACAGCCAAAAUUAUGGCAAAUAAUUGCAGAAUUAAUGACAUGUUUAAUUGUUAAUUUUUUACAAUUUUAUAUAUUUGUAACGAAAACAUUUUAUUGGACUGAUGGUGAAGGACCACAAAGAAUAUCUUGGUAAAAUUAUUUUCAGUCUAAAUAAUAUCAAAAAAGAAAUACAUAUUUUAUAAUUAGUUUUGUAGUGAAUUUGUUUGAUUUAAAAAAGAUAAUUUAAUAAUUAAAUUAUUAUAUGUAGAGUUUAAUCAAAAUUUAAAAAUUCAUUAAUUGAUUUUAACUAUUUAAAUAAUCCAUUGUAUUUUUCAUAUUUAAAUAAUAUAUUUUUGUAAUUAUUUCAUUUGAUAAAACAAUGGAAUAAAUAGGUUUUUUUUUUUUAUAUAAAUUUCAUAUUAAUGCUUUGAAGCAUUUAUUUAUAAAAUAUUUUUUUAUUUACUCGUAGUAAUUAUUUGUUUGAUUUAAUUAUAUCAUUUUUGCACAAAAUAUUAUAUAGCUUAUUAAAUAUAUGAAUAAAAUUAUAAUAUUUUGAAAUUUAAUAAU